GGGUAUUUAGGUAAACACAUGUCCUUUGAACUUCCCUAGGCUCGCCUCUCUCUGUCAUUUAUUACUCUCUUCAUCUCCUACGACGACGACGACUGUUUCUCACUCUAAAGCCUUUCUCUUUUCACUUUUCUCAUUCUCGAGCUCCGGGUUUGUCUUGAAUCCGGGAAGGAAUCUGUAUCUUUUUAUUGUUACCCAUUUUUUUGUCGUCAAGAAACAAUUAAGUGGAAAUACGCAGAGAGAUUUUCCGGGGAGAGUGUGUGUGUUUUUACAUCGAUCAGGGUUUAAGCAGAGGUUGGUUUGUCAUUUCGCCAGUUGGUUUCUUCAGAUUCACUCUACAAUGAAUUGAGAACAACAAAACAGACCAUAGAAACAUAGUGAGAGAGAGACAGAUAGAUAGAGACCUUGAAAAUUUUGGAAGGUACUUUUUACAUGAACUUUGCUUCUAAAAUUGUAUUAAACCCUGAGUAACAUAUUAAUUUAAACCUUCUUGGGUUUACUUGUUAUGUUGCAGAGUUCAUUAUCACUGUUUAGCAUAACUCUCCUCACUAGUUAUCCUUUAAUCUGUGUGAUUUAGGGUCUAGAGCUCUAGUGAAAUAGAGAAAUAUGGUUGUUUUGUGAAUAGCUUGUGACUGUACUAAAUGUUAGGUAGCUAUGUUAGGCUUUGAGGCUGUCUUACUUUUUCUUCAAAUGAGUGGAAUCAAAUGACCAUUCAAGAGAAUCAUAUACAUACAUGUGUGUAUUUGGGUGUGGGGGCACUUUUAUGUUCUUGGAUUCUAGUUUAACUGAUUUGGUUUGUAGCAAUUAUGAAUCAUGAAUACUCUAAUCCUUUUAUCAGUGUCCCAUAAUUGAUAACUUAUGAACAACUUUGAGUAUCUAAAUGUAUUUAAACUCAUUAGUUCUUUUUGUAUUCACUUUUGCACUUUUUUCUUGACUGUUCCUUUUCACAAAAAAGUGAAUAAAAAAUCAGAACGAGGGGUGUUGAAUUAUAUGCAUGUGUCAUGUGUUCUGCAGAUAAACCCAUUUGGGUGUUAUUUUAUUACAUGUUUUUUUCUCACUUUUGUUUGGUUCUAUAGCAGCACAAUUUGACUAAAUAGCCCCACACACCACAUAUAUAGCAAAAGAUUUCAGAACAUUAAUAAGAAAGAAAAAAAGUAGAUCGGUUCAUGAAAAGAAAUGGUACUACACACGCAAGUUGUUUAUUCUUCUUCCUUGGACAUUUCUUGAUUGUUUAUUCCUUGUAAAGAAAAAACAUUUUUCAUUUAUAUAUGAACCACAUUGUCCCCACAACUGUGGAUGAAUCUUUAAGCUGUAUCCACUAGAUAAUCUAAGCAUGUAUCUCUCUCUCUCUCUGUUCUCUGUGUAUAUAUAUUUAUUGCAUACAUCUCUCUUCUUUGUGACCAAAAGUGUAGUGUGAACCAUUAGUGAAACAAUCUCUUCUUCUCUGCUCUUCAUCUUCUUCAUUUUUGUUGUGAACUAAAGAACUCUACAAAGUGAAGCUCUAUUAAUGAUGGAGUCUGUGAAACCAUUGGAUGUUGUUGCUUCAGGAAAAGGAAAACUCAGACGCACAUUUGCUAAAGUUGUCAACAUAAAAAAGCUAACCGGUGUUGUUCCAGAAGGCGACAAGGUUGAGAGAGUGAAGAAGAGCCAAGAAAAGGUGAAGUUGGAUAAAGAUUUAGUGAAGAAUGCUGCAAAUCUGUCUGAGUCAUUUGACAAGCUGGAGGAAGAGUAUGAGAAAAGACUGGCAAUGGAAGCUCUACUUGCAAAGCUGUUUGCUACGAUUUCUUCGAUAAAAUCUGGUUAUGCGCAGUUGCAGUAUGCUCAGUCUCCUUAUGAUCCAAAUGGGAUUCAGAAAGCAGACAACUUGGUAGUAGCAGAGCUCAAGACAUUAUCAGAGCUGAAACAGAGUUUCUUGAAGAAACAGCUUGAUCCUAAUCCUGAUAGAACUCUUGUUCUUGCGGAGAUUCAAGAGCUGAGAAGCGUCUUAAAGACUUAUGAGAUCACGGGGAAGAAGCUUGAGUGUCAGUUAAAGCUUAAAGAAUCUGAGAUCAUAUUUCUUAAAGAAAAGUAUCAAGAAUCCAUGAGUCAGAACAAGUUGAUGGAGAAGAGACUAAACCAAAGUGGCCAACUUUGCAAUCCAUUGGAUCAUAAUCUUCAUCUAUCGGCGCUAAAUCCAACCCAUUUAACUACUUAUCUGCACCACACUGUCAAAUCAAUCCGAGGAUUCGUCAAGUUAAUGAUUGAGCAGAUGAAACUCGCAGCUUGGGACAUCGAUAUGGCUGCUGAUUCGAUACAACCUGAAGUGUUCUAUUACAAGCAAGACCACAAGUGUUUUGCUUUCGAGCAUUACGUCUGCAAGAUAAUGUUUGAAGCGUUUCAUCUACCUUACUUCUCAAACGAAUCAUCGAAGAAGAAGAGCAGAGAAGACAGAGAGAUGUUCUUUGAGAGAUUCACAGAGCUUAGAUCGAUGAAACCAAAAGAGUAUUUAGCAUCACGGCCUAAAUCAAGAUUGGCUAAGUUUUGCAGAGGGAAGUAUUUGCAGCUCAUACAUCCAAAGAUGGAGCACGCGUUCUUCGGACAUUUGCAUCUAAGAAACCAAGUCAGUGCAGGUGAGUUUCCGGAGACAAGCUUGUGCACUGCGUUUCUCGAAAUGGCGAAAAGGGUUUGGCUUUUACAUUGCCUUGCUUUCUCCUUCGACCCUGAAGCUUCAAUCUUUCAAGUAUCUAGAGGAUGCAGAUUCUCCGAAGUGUACAUGAAGAGUGUGUCAGAGGAAGCGUUUUUCUCUCGGCCGGAGGAAGAAGUAAGCUCGUCGGAAACUGAGCCGGGAGUUGCGUUUACGGUGGUUCCUGGGUUUAGAAUUGGGAAAGCGUUGAUACAAUGUGAGGUUUUCCUCUCGCGUUCAUGUCAACGCCGUCCGAUCAGAUAGAUUCCGGCGAUGACGUCACAGGGGUAUUAGUGUAAUUUAGGUGGUGGGGGACUUUUUGGGGUUUAGGAAAAAUAUAUAAGGAGAGAAAAUUUGCUGACCGUUGGAUUAAGAGAAGAGGCAAGUAUGUGCCUUGUUAUGGUUUUUAUUUUUAUCUUUGUCAAUAUUAGAGCAGAGAGACAGAAGCAUCUCUUAGCUGUUUUCCAUCAAUUAUUAGAUGUUGUCACUUAUAUCAUAUGUAAAUAAUUCGUAAUAAUUAGUAUAAUUGCUAUUUUCGAUUA